CAAGGGACAGGAUAUACUAUAACCCCCCCCACUCCCCCCCCCCCCUUCGCCGCCUGUGCUAUCGGUCCAGGAAAUAUAUUACCUUGAAUAAAUAUUCUAUCUCUCGUUAAGAAAUAAAUGUAAACAGAAAAUUCCUAUAUUCGCCUUACUACAAAGUAUUUCAAGGCGUCAUGUCAACACCGAUCCCUAACAUCGCUAUCAUAGGCGCGGGGCCCGUAGGUCUCAUGCUUGCUGCCAUCUUACACCGCAACGGGAUCCAAGCGAAGAUAUUCGAGCGCGAGACAAGCGCGACGGUCCGCGCCCAGGGCGGUACCUUGGACAUCCACGCCGAGACCGGGCAGAGGGCUCUCGCUGCCGCCGGGUUGCUGCCCGCUUUCAAGAAGAUAUCGCGGCCGGAAGGCGAGGCCACGCGUGUUGUGAAGAAGGACGGUACCGUUCUGCUAGACGAGAACGAGCAGGAACGAGAUCCGAGGGUUGGAGACGGGGAGGAAGAAGAGCAAGAAGAAGGGGGCGGAGAAGAAGGGGGCCGCGGGCGUCCGGAGAUCGACCGUACCGACUUGAAGGACUUGCUCAUCGCGGCGCUACCCCAGGAUAUGAUCCGCUGGGGUAAAGGUAUUUCGUCUGUGACGCCGGUGCCGGGGACGCAGCAGUGGAAGUUGGAAUUCAUCGGAAGCGAUAGCACCACCACUAGCAGUGCUGACGACUCGGAAUCCGGUCCCUACGACCUCGUUCUCGGCGCCGACGGCGCGUGGUCCCGCGUCCGGCCUCUGCUCACGGACGCCAAGCCGCUGUACUCGGGCGUCUCGGCAUUGGACGUGUGGAUCUCCCCGGCGCAGCUGGCGCAGCGGCCCGACGUGGCCGCGUUCAUCGGCCGGGGGUCGUGCAUGCUGCUCUCCGAAGACCGGUUCCUGUCGCUGCAGCGGCACGGCGACGGCAGUGCCCGGGCGUACGCCAUGGUCCGGACGAGCAGGGAGGUCUGCGGCGCGGUGCCUGGCGCGGAGACGUUGCUGGGGCUGGAUCGCGACGGCGGCGAGGGUGAUGACAAUGAUGAUGAUGCGGCGGUGGUGGACUGGACGGACGCGAAGACGAGAGAGAGGUUCCUGGACAGGUAUUUCGGCGAUUACGCCCGGGAGGCGCGCGACGCCGUCCUGGCUAUGACCCAGCAGCCUACGCUGCGCCCGCUGUACAUGCUGCCCGUGGGCCACCGGUGGGAGCCGCGGCCGGGGGUGACGCUGCUGGGCGACGCGGCGCACGUGAUGACGCCGUUCGCGGGCGUGGGGGUUAACGUGGGUAUGAUGGAUGCGCUGGAGCUGGCGGAGGGGAUAGUUGCCUACGUCAAGCGGCUAGGAGAAGGGGAAGGGGAAGGGGGAAAGGGGGAUCUGGCGGAGAUGCUGAGGGAUUACGAGAACGGCAUGUUCGAGCGCUCGCGGAAGGACGCCGCGCUGACGGCUAGGAUGUUGGAGAUCGAGUUUGGCGAGGGCGGGCCCGAGAAGGUGGUUGAAAUUAUGAGUGGCGGUGGGCCGUCGUCUUAGGUACGGGGGAUGGGUGUCUUGCGAGUGCAUUCAUUGUAUAUUAAACCGGUAAAGAUGGAAUUUGAGGCAUGAAUAUAAAUCGAGCUUAGAUCUUAGAAUAAGUUGGUACCUUAAAUAAAGACUUUCAGCAAUAUGAAUAUUUGGAAGACCAGUCUGGCUUAGAUUGGCCGGGAACUUGAUCAUGUUGAGUGUUUAAUCUAAAACAAUGAGAAAGGAGACAAUAGGGGUUGUUUUUUUAGCAGCUAGAUCUGCUCUGCAACGAGAAAUAGGAUUCACAGGAAUCCUAAUUCUGAUUUAUUCAUAUAGUAUGCGGAUAACUAUAGAUCACGCCAUGAGGUAGCUAUCAUCUUCAGGCCGAGAUUAUCUUUUCUUUGGCACUGAUAUAGGGGGCACCACUGGCGUCGUUAGUUUAGGCACGCAAUAGCGUCUUUCGAGGCUUAUCACG